AUGUUGUCUCUUUUCGCUGCUCUCCCGGCCAUCGUCCUCUCUCUCCACUUCACCAUCGCGGCAGUAGCCCGAUUGAGCGACGCACUCCCGACCCUGCACGCGCGAACCUAUCGGAAGACGCAGCUCUCGGCAGCGAAACUCUACCCCAUCGUGCCCUUCAAAGACGACAUUCCCAGACACAUGCGCUACGUCGGCGCCUGGUAUCUACUGACCGCCGCCAUGCUUGCCUGGCCUUCGACGCGCGGCAGCCUGCCGACGCUCGGGCUCGUGCUCUUCUGGACGGGCGCCGGCGCCUGGAGCCGGGCCAAGAGCGGCCUGAAGUUCCGCCUGCCGCUCAUGAACGCGUCCCUCGGCGUCUUGGUCUUGUCAUGGAGAGACUCAACGGCUGACUGGGCCGGAAGAGAAGAAAAGAAAAAGAAACGCGACGCGCAGGACGCGUUUGCCAUGGGAACGUGCCGCGCGCGCUUGGAGGUGGAUGAUAUGGCCGCGACACGAUCUGACGACACCCAUGCCAAGGCCGACGGCGCUCACGGUGAUGCGGCUGCCGGCGAGAAGCAUGUCAUUGACAAUCAGGAUAAUGGGGCUUCGCCAGACGCAAAACGCGUGAAGAGAGAUGAGGCCGACGAUGGGAAACAGACGACAAUUGAAGAAAGCUUUGCCAAGAGUGGCGAGUCCAAGCCCACAACCACAACAGACGAGUCACGCGACGAUGAAGCCGAUGAACAGACGAAGAAUGACAACGACACGGAAAUGGGCGAUAGCAAGGACGAGGAAAAUGAGGACAAGGAAAGAGACAACAAGGUCGAUGCCAAGCCCACCAGUAGAAGCGACACCGCCGAGAAGCCCCACGAAGACCCCGACGUCCCCUCUAGCAUCCUCGAAAAGGGUCUCAUCUACUUCUUCAUCCGCGCACGUGUCAAUAUUGAUGAGCCUGAGCAGGUCAACGACAUUGCUCGCAGCUACUUCAUUCUGCGACCUCUCGCCAGGGAUGCCCGUCUCGGCGAGGGCCCCAUCGGCGACGCGGGCAAUAGCCGUCUGCUGGCGUUGCCGAAGAAGGUCCUCCCUCAGAGUGGAAAGGAUCGAUUCAUGGUCUUUGUCGAAAAGUCGGGCGCGAGCUUCAAAGAGCUGAAGGAGACCUUCCUGCAAGGCGCGGAGAACGUGACCAAGACGCAGGGGACGAGCACGACGCCUCCCGCCACGCCGGCCGCCGAGGGCGUGUAUGUGAUCACCACCACCGGGCGCGAUAGCCACCUGGCGUACAUGAUCACCCUGCCUGGGGAGCUGGGGGAGGUACAGAAGGACCUGGGUGUCAAGGAGCAGGGCAGCUUUAUCCUGAGCACGAAGAACCCCGAGCAACCUUCGCCCGCGAACACGCAGUUGCCCGAGGGGCCAGGCUUCUCCAAGGAGAUCCAAGACGAGUUUCAGGGCCGUCGCUGGCUACCCUCGAAACCGGCGCACUUUGACUACCCCAACGCGCAGAUCCUGCUCAUUGGCGAGUCCAGCGGUAUUGACAAGGCCGUUGAGCCGCAGCAGAAGGACCAGAAGAAUGGCAAGGAGGAGCCAGAGGAGGUGCUGAAGGAUCUGGAGGAUGGCGAUGUCGAUCGUAUGAAGCAUCUAGGCGGAAGCGACUCAGAGGCUAUUUUCAAGGACUUGAAAGCGAGUGCGGAUGACUUUCCCAAGCUGAUGACGACUUUCUGA